AUGCUACCUUGGAAUUAUUUAAGCAAACCGGCGAAGAUAUUCACCCCAAAGGAUCACACCGAAAAGCCUAAAGGACCAGCAAUCGAGGGCGAUACGUCAAGACAUAAGGUUCCUCAGAGCUCAGAAAUAGAGUUACAUUCACUUCAAAACACAGUAGAUGAAUCACCUUUUCAAGUAACUGGGUUUUCCUUUCAAGAUACAUCUCCAGAUGAACCUGCUAGUGUUCUGAAAAAAGGUGACUUAGGGAAAGAAAGACCAAAUCAGGAGAAUACUGAGGUUUUCGAAACUUCUGAUAUCGCUGAUGAGGACGAAAAUGGCGGGAAAUAUGUCGAUGAGAACGGGAGAGUUUACCCAGAUGGAGGACGUGAAGCUUGGUUAGUUGUCUUUGGAUCCUUUAUGGGUCUGAUCCCAGGCUUUGGUAUAGUAAAUUCUUUGGGUGCGAUUGAAUCAUAUGUCUCUAAGAAUCAAUUGGCAAACGUAUCACAAUCAACCAUUUCAUGGAUUUUUUCUCUUUUUUUAGUAAUUAGUUCCUUGAGUUGUGUCUUGACUGGAGGUUACUUCGAUCGGAACGGCGCUACGAGGCCUAUGCUGAUUGGUAUCGUAUUUUAUACUGCCGGUUUAGUCGCUUUGGCUGACUGUCAAGAAGUUUAUCAAUUUAUUCUUGCUUUUUCUGUCCUAGCUGGUAUAGGUACUGGGGCACUUAUGACUCCAUUAGUGAGUGUUAUUACAACAUGGUUUUAUAGAAAGAGGGGUAUUGCUAGCAGUAUAGCCACAAUGGGUGGGUCUAUCGGUGGUAUUUUAAUUGCACCUGUACUAAGGAAACUUUAUGUUGAGGUUGGAUUUAAAUGGGCUAUUAGAAUAUUUGCAUUAAUAUGUUUUGUUUGCCUUGUAGUUUCAUUUUUCUUAGUUAAGGAAUUUGACAAAGAGAUACCAGUACCAUUUGCCACUAAGAUGGAUGAACUCAAAUGGUAUUUCAGUUCUUCAAUCAAUUGGAGAUAUUUUUUGGAGAAGAGGUUUCUCUUUGCUGCAUUAGGUGCAGCUUUAGUCGAAAGUGCAUUAACUGCAUUAGCUACGUAUGUUGCGUCAUAUUCUUUAGCAGCAGGCAACUCUGAAUCAACUUCCUAUAAUUUAAUUAUGGUAACCAAUGCAGCAGGAAUGUUUGGUAGAUACAUUCCAGGCUACAUAGCAGAUAAAUACCUAGGUGGAUUCAAUGUUAGCAUCAUAACCAUAUCUAUGGCUGUCUUGGUCAAUUUUAUAAUAUGGUUACCCUUUGGUACUCAUAUUGAGGCAUUAUGGGUUUACGUUAUUAUUUAUGGGUUUUCAACUGGGUCAAUAUUUUCUUUAACACCUGUCUGUAUUGGACAAAUAUCUAGAACAGAAGAUUUUGGUAAAAGAUUUUCAACAGUUUAUUUCUUUGAAGCUAUUAUCACUAUUCCUGUAUUACCUAUUGGUGGUGCUAUCAUUGGAGAUGGCUCAAUUUCAAAUUAUAAUAAAUUUAUUGUAUUCAAUUCAGUGAUUAUGGGUGUAGGCGUUGGUUGUUACAUCAUCUCUAGAUAUCUUUCAGUUGGAAUGAAGAUUGUUAAAUAUUGA